AUGUCAGAUCCCAGAACUCGAAAAGGUCGCCAUACACUUACUCCCGAUCUUUUGUCGUCGUCGAUUCUAAUCACCAAUCUUCCACCAAACUGGAACGAGACUGUUGUUUCGUCAGUGGUAGCUGGUUCCGGACCUAUCACGAAUAUUUCGCGAAAGACCGACCCGCGAAACGGGAAAUUGGUCGGUGUAGUGGUAAACUAUACCACAAGUAAAGACUGCAGACGGGCCUUGGAACUGCUGCAAAAAAUUAAAAAAAUUCCAUGCGAACUGGAAAGGAUAAUAUCCAACUCCAAACAUUCAUCCAGCACACCGCUUGAUUUAGAUCGUGAUGCUUUUCCGUGGGACUUGGGUUUAGAACUGCCGUUCGAAAUGGUUUCAGAAGUCCCACUACCAAGAAGGCCCACAAACCCAGUUCCUGUGGCUUCCAAUGGCAGCUCAGUAGAUUCUGGUAAUUCCACCACAUUUCCUGAUAUUUUAAGCAAAGCUUCGAAACAUCUUCCGGGAUAUGUACCCGGUUCGAUGACUGCAGGGGACGUUGUGUCUGCAAAUUUAAGCAAGAUUGCACCUUUGCAACUUUUGGAAAUGAUUUCCAAUCUCAAGAUCUUGGCCGGUCAAGAUGCCAAUCGUGAACAAGUUACCAAGUUUUUGGCGUCGAAUCCGGACAUCGCCAUUGCUGUGACUCAAGCCAUGCUCGAAAUGGGAUUUAUAAAUUACGGUGUGGUGACAAAAGUAAUAGCGGAGCAAGCUGGAACACAAGCGCAGUCUCCAAAUGUAAUUAACGGCGCUACAGAAGUUUACAGUCGUGGUAAUACGCCAAGCAACACUCCUAUGAACGGGAAUGUUCCUCUCCACGCGUCUACAGGUCCUCUGGGUCAGCCGCAACUCCAGCAGCCGUCGAUGAUGGGUGCUGGUGCUGUUUAUAGCGCUCCUCCACCACAGCAGCAGCAACAGCAACAACAAAUGGGCAAUUACGGUAUGAACAUGCCUCGUAGCCACGCUCCGUUUACACCUCCCCAGAUUCCGAUCAAAUCGGAAGGAACUCGGAUCAAUAUGGUGAAACUUGCAGCAGUUCCACAACAACAGCAGGACAUGAUCAAACAAGUCUUGCAAUUGACAUCCGAUCAAAUACGACUGCUACCCCCGGAUCAAGUUACCAUGGUAGAAAAUUUCAAGCGGGAAUACUUAAUGUGA